AUGUCUUCAUCAUCAUCAAAAUCUCCCUCUCCCGUGUUUACAGUGAAAAGGUGCAAACCAGAGCUAGUAGCUCCGGCUAUGCCCACUCCCCGCGAACUUAAACUGCUAUCAGACAUUGAUGAUCAAGAAGGGUUUCGUUUCCAACUUCCAAGCAUAUUUAUAUACGGUCACAAUCCAUCAAUGGAAGGAAAAGACCCAGUAAAGGUGAUAAGAGAUGCACUCUCAAGAACACUUGUGUUUUACUACCCAUUUGCCGGUAGGCUUAGGGAGGGUCAUGCCCGCAAGUUGAUGGUGGAUUGCACUGAAGAGGGUGUCUUGUUCAUCGAGGCUGAUGCUGACGUGGCACUUGAUCAACUUGGUGACUCCCUUCAACCUCCGUUCCCUUGUUUUGAAGAACUCCUUUACAAUGUUCCAGGAUCGGAAGGAAUUGUCAACUGUCCCCUUCUACUCGUACAGGUGACACGCUUUAAAUGUGGUGGUUUCACCCUUGCCUUCCGCCUAAACCACACCAUGAGUGACGGCACUGGUUUUGCACAAUUUAUGACUGCCAUGGCUGAAAUGGCUCGUGGUGCACAUCAACCUUCCAUUCUACCUGUGUGGUCCAGGGAGCUCUUGAGUGCAAGGCACCCACCUCGCAUUACAUGCAACCAUCGCGAAUUCGAAGAACCCAUAGUAGACACCUCCACCAUUAUUCUGAGCAAGAAAGAUAUGAUUCAACGCUCCUUCUUCUUUGGACCAACCGAAAUAGCUUCCCUUCGUCGUUUGGUUCCACGUCACCUCGGCGAAUGCACUAGAUUUGAGCUUGUAACUGCAUGUCUAUGGUGUUGCCGUUCAAAAGCAUUGCAACUUGCGCCAGAAGAUGAUGUUCGCAUGAUGUGCAUCGUGAAUGCACGCGCUAGAUUUAACCCUAAAAUACCCCUUGGUUAUUACGGAAACGUUUUUGCUUAUCCUGCAGCAGUUACAACUGUAAGGAAGCUUUGUGAAAAUCCGUUUGGAUAUGCGGUAGAGUUGAUAAAGAAAGCAAAAGAUGAAGUGACAGAAGAGUACAUGCAUUCUGUGGCAGAUCUGAUGGUGACAAAAGGAAGACCGUUAUUUACAACCGUAGGAUCUUGCAUUGUGUCAAACUUGACACGUGCUGGGUUAAGAGAAGUGGAUUUUGGAUGGGGUAAUGCAUUGUACGGCGGAGUAUCUGAAGGUGGGGCUGGGGAUUUUUUUGGAGUAACGUUUAUGAUGGAUUGUGUGAAUGGCAAAGGAGAAGAAAGUGUAAUGUUUCCAAUUUUCUUGCCGGUCAAAGCUAUGGAGAGGUUUGAGAAAGAGUUGGCUGAUAUGCUUUGUAAGAGUUGUGAUAAUGGAUAUCCUACAUUAUCAGAUCUUCCUUGUAGCUCUAACUUGUAG